AUGGCAGAUUCAUCAGAUGGCAAGACCCGGAAAGAUGGGAUGGUAGCCCUUGCUCUGCACCAUUCAGAUGAUGCAUCAUCUAUUGACCUGUUAAAGCACGACGAAAUUGAUAAUCCCACUGAUCAAGCUGGAACUUCAACCACUCAGCCUUUCCGUGUACCAGCGUUGCCAUCUUUGGGCCAUCCAAGCCUGUUGCAGCAUCCCAGUUCAAGAAAACGUGAACAUUCCCGAGUCGAUACUCUAUUAAAAGCUCCUCAAAAGAAGCCGCGACACUGGAAAAGUCGCCAACCAGGAUCUAUUAUGGAUUCAUCUUCAGGCCUUCCCACCCAAGAUACUCAGCCCUCCCAAGGGCAAGAAGCAAGUCAAUCACCUUCCGACUCCAUUAGGAAGCUGCAGCCGCAACCCGAUAACAGCACUUAUACGGAAUUAUGCUUUGAAGUCGACAGUUCUACCCAAUCUACCAGUACAUCCAACGACUUCGAGGAAACUGGUGGGGAGAACAAACCAGCAUCCGGCUCCCACAUGCUCACAGAGUCAGAGGUUGCAUCUUUACCGUACGGACUUGGACUUAUUUACGCCGAGACCUGUAGACUGAAGGCUGAAUCAAAGCGCCGCAAAGAAGAGAUGGAAGCCGAGCAGGCAGCCGAGAAAGCGCGUCUCGCCGCCGUGAAGAAAGCCAACGAGUUCCGAUGGCCUGGUGACACUUCGGCGUAUACAGCAGAGUCUUUUGUGUUCUUGAACCCUCCAGGCAGCGAGCUCCGCGCCAAAGCUAUCCAUAUCGGCAUCCCGAAGAGCCAGCCCUUGACGUCACGCGUCAGCGCCUACGCCGUCAGACAAGAAGGUAGCGCCGAUAUUGAGUUCAGAAUGGCCCGAGAUGGCUCGACCCCGGAAGAAAUACGCCAGGGACCCUUAGUUGACUACAAGCAGAUCCGCCUCAACGACUUCUUCAAGGGUAUGAAGCAGAAUCAAGCUGACCUUUGGGCCAGACAGCUGCUAGCCCAGGUUCCGGGUAUUAACGACGCUAUCGUCAAGUGGAAAUAA